AUGGACAGUGCUUUCAAAGGCCGCCUUCGUUUCAAGGUGUACAACCCCAAAAAACCAGCCAAGUUCGGAAUAAAAAUUUAUGAAGUCUGCGAGUCUGAGUCUUGGUAUUUGUUGGGUAUGAAUGUUUACACUGGGGGAGAAGCACAGGAAACUUUUUCUUCUUUGGCUGGUUGGUCAGAGGAGUGUUGUACCACAACAAAGCUUGUGGUAGGAUUGCUCGCAUACUGUGGGCUGCUAGACAAAGGGCACCAUGUCUACCUAGACAAUUAUUACGUCUCACCGGAACUCUUCGAUGAGCUGCAUUUACUUGGGACUGGUGCAUGCGGUACAGUGAGAACCAACAGGAAAGAAAUGCCUGAUGCCAUAAAGAAAAAAGCUGGUAUCAAGCUCUCACAAGGAGAAACAAUUUUUAGGCAGAGAGACAACUUAUUUGCCCUCCGACAUACGGACAAGCGUGACGUUCAUACGCUGUCCACCAUCCACGACGAAAACCUCGUCACUCUCACCAAAAAGGACCAUGAAGGCAACCCGAUCGUUAAACCUGAAGUGAUGGUUCAGAAUGUAAAGAACAUGGGAGGGGUGGAUCUCAGUGACCAACUUAUGAAGAACUAUGCGUGCAUUCGGAGGAUGGCCAGCUCCGUGUUUAGCACCGCACUUCAUGCAGUCGAUGAGCGUUCAGGAUGGCGAGCUCUGAGUUUAGCACCGCACUUCAUGCAGUCGAUGAGCGUUCAGGAUGGCCAGCUCCGUGUUUAG